AUGUCAGUAGAAGAUUGUGAAAAUGAAUUACUUGCACUGGAAUCCAUUUAUGAAGAUAAGUAUCAACUUGUACAAACUACACCGAGACGAAAAAUAAAAGUAAAUCUAAAUGGUCAGUCAGAUGAUUCACUGUCAACUAAAGUUCGAUGUCAGCUUCUUUUUGAACUUACAAGCAAUUAUCCAAAUAAACCACCUAAAUAUCAAAUACUUAAACCUGAAAAUCUUUCAGACGAAGAUAUUUCCGAUAUAAAUAUUAUAAUCAAUGAAGUAAUUGAACGAUCCCUAGGAUUUGUAAUGUUAUUUGAUAUAUUAACAGAAGUUCAAGAAAAAUUAGAUAGUAUCUGUGCAAAAAUCUUAAUUCGUCAGCGUAAUGAAGCUAAAGAAAAACGAAAAGCUAUACAACUAGAAGAAGAAGCGAAAUUCCGUGGUGAUAAAGUUACAGUGGAGUCGUUUCUAGAAUGGAAUACAAAAUUCCUUGCAGAAAUGGAAUCAUUAAAAGAGAAGUCAAUAUCUGAAGAUCAAAGUGCUGUUAAACGACUAACUGGACGUGAGCUAUUUUUGAAAGAUAAUCAUUAUGACGAUUCCGAUUUGACCUUCUUGGAAACUAAUGGUGGCGAAGUUGUAGAGAUUGAUGAACAUUUAUUUGUUGACAUUGGCGAUAUAGACUUGGAUGAUGAUAAUGAUGACGAUAAUAACCAAGUAGUUGUGACGGGAACAGCCUGA